GCGACCGCGUCAUCGGGGACACGUCAUCGGGACGCGACUUGGCGCAAAGUGGGAGAUUUUUUUUUUAUUUUUUUUUUUGAGAAGGAAAAACGCUUUAAACUGUUUAUUUCUGGAUUUAAUCGCGGAGUAAAAACAUCGCGACGCGCUGGAGAACCGUAACUAAAUCCACCCGACGAUGGCCACGCCCAGUAAGACUCCGCCCGGCGCCGACCCGAAGCAGCUGGAGCGGACCGGGACCGUGAGAGAGAUCGGGUCCCAGGCCGUGUGGAGUCUGUCCUCGUGUAAACCAGGUUUUGGAGUGGAUCAGCUCAGAGACGAUAACCUGGAGACGUACUGGCAGUCGGACGGAUCCCAACCUCAUCUCGUCAACAUCCAGUUCAGAGGGUCGUGUUUCUCCUGUUGGAGUCAGAGUCGACAGUUGGAGAUGGUGGAGCCCAGCGGCUGGAUUCACAUCUCACUCCUCAACCAGAGGACGAACGAGCCGAUCAGCACGUUCAUGAUCCAGAUCGCGGUUCUGGCGAAUCAUCAGAACGGACGCGACACGCACAUGCGCCAGAUCAAAGUUUACACCCCCGUGGAGGAAAGCUCCGUCGGCAAGUACCCACGAUGCACCACGGUCGACUUCAUGAUGUACCGGACCAUCAGGUGACCCGCGAGGACGCCACGGAGACGAACACGCCACGGAGACGAACACGGGGACGCCACGAACACGCCACGGAGACGAACACGCCACGGAGACGAACACGC